AUGACUCGGUUUGCAGGCAAAUAUGGCUUGUAUCUGUAUCGAGAAAAAGGUGUAGAUUUUAGUGACCAACCAACAGGUGUUCCCGUCUUGUUUAUACCGGGACAUGCUGGUAGUUACAAGCAAGUACGCUCAAUAGCAGCAGAGUCCACAUUUUAUUAUUAUAGAAACUAUGCUCAAGAUGCAGAUAGAUGGCAAAAUGGCGUCCGAAACCUUGAUUUUUUUACAGUUGAUUUUCACGAAGAAUUUUCAGCAUUACAUGGACAAUCCAUAUUAGAACAAGCAGAAUACCUGAAUGAUGCUAUUGAUUACAUCCUCAAAUUAUAUCCACAAACACGCAAAUAUGAUACAAAUAUGAAAUUGCCUGAUCCUACUUCAGUCAUUGUUAUUGGGCACUCCAUGGGUGGUAUUGUAGCACGUACGAUGGUCACCAUGAACAACUAUCAACAUGGGACUAUCAAUACCAUCUUAACCAUGUCAACACCUCAUAUGCUUCCACCAGUUCCGUUUGACUGGAAGAUUUCUAAACUCUAUGACGAUAUUAACCAGUUUUGGCAAGAAGGGUUUUCUAAACACACACCUGUCAAUGACAAUGACGAGCAUCAUCAUAUGAAUACCAAACAUCAUCAAAUAGCAUCCCUUCGAGAUAUUUCAAUUGUGUCUAUGGCAGGCGGUACAUUGGACAAUACUGUAUGUUCUGACUCUACUGACAUUGGCUCCAUUGUGCCCCAUACACAUGGGUUUACUGUCUUUUCAACAGCUGUGCCGCAUGUCUGGACUGGUGCAGGCCAUGUCUCUAUCUUGACAUGUAACCAGUUAGUCAAAGUGGUGUCAAAGACAUUGAUUGAUUUAGUGGAUGUGCGUCGUGGUCCACAGACAAAGCCCUUGGAAGAAAGAAUGCAAAUCUUACGCCAUGCAUUCUUGAGUGGUCUUGAGGAUCGUAAAGGCGAUGGUCUUGAUCUUCAACUAGGUAACCUUAGUUUCUUUAGCCUUGAAUCAUCCGAAACUUUCUUUUUGGACCCUGGAGAGCGUUUGAAUAUAGAACAAGACUCCUUUGCCAGAAUGACUUUGAUGCCUACUGUUGCUAAUGCAGAUGCCUUUGCUAUCUUAUCAAACAGUCAAAUAGACUCUAAAGAAAGAUUUGAACUCUUGCUCUGUUCUCAUAGAGAAGCAAAUGACAACAAGAUUCACUUUAUGUGUCGAUCUAUUAAUCCAAUUGCAGUCCCUAUACCAGCUUCGACACAAGAUGAUGUCCAUCCUUUCUCUGGCAACACUUUUUCAUUUGCCAGUAUCGAAUUUAGUGAAAUGGGUGCUUAUCCUUAUCUUGCCAUUAUCGAUAGAGGAUUAAGCAACCAAGGGUUUUUAAUUGCAGAGCCUUUUAAGAAGAGCAACAACAACCAAGUGAUACAUCAAUCCAUGCUUUCUAUUGCUUUAGAAGGUGUUCAUGUCAAAACAGGUCCUGGAUUAUUUACUUCGAUUCGCAUUCCCUCUAUUGAAAGUCCUAUUCUAGCUUAUCAUCUAAAAGUAUCAAGGCCCAACUGUCAGUUCUAUCAACCUCAUUUUGCACCUUUCUUGAGACAGUCUAUCUCCACCAUGCAUGAAUCUAAAUUCUAUGUCAAUUUAGCGGGUAAUCGAGAAGGAGAAACUGAAAUAUCGAUCCAUGGUCGUACAGCCUUUGCUUCUGUUGUCAGUGCCUCUCGAGACAUAGAUCAAAAUGGUCUUUCAUUUCAAGUAUGGAUGGACCCUGUGUGUCCUGAACCUUUACAACUUGAACUUUCGAUUGAUUGGUAUGGCAGUGCAGGUCGAUUAGGCUUUCGAAAUGGUAUUAUGCUCGCUACAUUUUCAUUUAUUAUUGUCAUGCUUGUCUUUGCUGCUCAAAUUAAGUGUUAUAAUGAUUCAGGCAUUUAUCCUCAUUUUGGCCAAGGACUUGCAUUUUGUCUUAGGCGAUCUUUGCCUGUAGUCAUGAUCAGUGUGGCAUUAUGCAGUAUUGCACAAUCUGCUUCACCUUCUACUUAUUAUACAUUUGAUGAUCUUUGGUACUUGCCUUCCACAAAAAUUGCAUGGCAAGAUAUCAUGUCAGGCAAUACAGAUCCAUUUUUUUGGUGGAUCCCCUUAGCUGGUCUGACAUUAAGUAUGGGUAUCGUAAGUCUCUUAUGGUUGAUGGUAGAAGGAAUGGUUCGAUUCGCUGCCCAUGUCUCUACCUUCUUGUUAAAACAACAUGGUCUUGGUAUCUGGCCUAUUUAUCGCACUCAGGAAACACGACAGCAACAAAUUCAACGUAGAGCAAUCACGACACUUGUGCUGUUUCUAUUAGUGGCUACAUUUAUUCCCUAUCAAUUUGUCUUUGUAGUUGCAUUCCUCGUACAAAUUGCCACUUGUGUUCGCUCCCUUGUACGAUCCAAACCUUAUUAUACAAACAGAAUAGAACUGAAAAGAUCCAAUAGAUACAAUUACAUGCUGUCUCUUUUACUUUUAUUUUUUACUUUAUUGCCUUUCAAUCUACCAAUUCUAUUGGUCUGGAUUCGCAAUAUUUCAGUGCAUUGGUUUGUACCCUUUUCAUCAGAUCAUAGUGUGUUGGCUAUUGCACCCUUUAUGAUUUAUGUUGAACUAUUGACAAGCAAUCGAAAGAUGAUACCUAGGCAAACAAACAGAUUCGCAAGUAUGAUUACCUACUUGAUCAUGUAUUAUAUAGUGAUGUAUGCCUUCUUGUAUGGCAUCAAAUACACACAUUGGAUCUACUUUUUGACAAACAAUCUUGUGAUCUGGUUAUUAGUACUGCAUUUUCAAAACUCACAUUAUGGCAAGCUAUCUUAUCGGUAUUUGAUGGAACAUGUCAAACUCGCUAGCAAAAAACAUUCAUAA